AUGCAUCCUCCUACACCAUCCACCCACCUGUCCACGCAUCCGCCUAUCCGUCCACCCACCUGUCCACGCAUCCGCCUAUCCGUCCACCCACCUAUCCAUGCAUCCUCCUACACCAUCCACCCACCUGUCCACGCAUCCGCCUAUCCGUCCACCCACCUGUCCACGCAUCCGCCUAUCCGUCCACCCACCUGUCCACGCAUCCGCCUAUCCGUCCACCCACCUAUCCAUGCAUCCUCCUACACCAUCCACCCACCUGUCCACGCAUCCGCCUAUCCGUCCACCCACCUGUCCACGCAUCCGCCUAUCCGUCCACCCACCUGUCCACGCAUCCGCCUAUCCGUCCACCCACCUGUCCACACAUCCUCCUACACCAUCCACCCACCUGUCCACGCAUCCUCCUACACCAUCCACCCACCUGUCCACGCAUCCUCCUACACCAUCCACCCACCUGUCCACGCAUCCUCCUACACCAUCCACCCACCUAUCCACGCAUCCUCCUACACCAUCCACCCACCUGUCCACACAUCCGCCUACACCAUCCACCCACCUGUCCACACAUCCUCCUACACCAUCCACCCACCUGUCCACGCAUCCUCCUACACCAUCCACCCACCUGUCCACACAUCCUCCUACACCAUCCACCCACCUGUCCACGCAUCCUCCUACACCAUCCACCCACCUGUCCACGCAUCCUCCUACACCAUCCACCCACCUGUCCACGCAUCCUCCUACACCAUCCACCCACCUGUCCACGCAUCCGCCUAUCCGUCCACCCACCUGUCCACGCAUCUGCCUAUCCGUCCACCCAUACCCACCCUAUUCAUCCAGCUAGCCACUUUCCAGUCUGUCUAUGCACUCACACACCUAUCCACCCAUGCAUGUGAUCCUUCAACACAGAGCACAGAGGUGGAGGGACUAGUUUUCAUGUUUGCUGUGACACUUCUUUUCUGA